GAAAGGGCGGGGCAUGUUUAAACACGAGCACAUUAGAGUGUGACACACAAAACAAAACUUUCAGCCGCUGGGAAAACAAACUGAACGCCGCGUUAACUGUGUUGGUGGAGAACAGCAGUGAAGAGGAGGAACAUGUCUGAGCUAAGUGAUGAAGCCAGUGAAUCAGAGCAGCUGGGUGCCAGCCUCUCCCUGUGGCUGGGUGACUCCUUGGUGCGCCCUGAGGAGUUGGAUGUCCCCCUUGACCUGCACACGGCCUGCUCCAUCGGACAGUACGACGUGGUGGCUGAGUGCAUUAAAAAACGUGAGAUGGACCUGAAUGGGAAGAACAUGGGAGGAUGGACCCCGCUGAUGUAUGCGUCAUACAUCGGCCAUGAUAACAUUGCGAAUCUGCUGCUGGAGGCUGGUGUGAAUGUAAAUGCCACCACUGCCAAAGGAUUAUCCCCCCUGAUGCUGGCAGCUAGCUGUGGGAAUGAAAGCAUCGCCUACUUUCUACUUCAGCAAGGUGCUGAGUUGGAGCUGAAGGACUCUCGAGGCUGGACCGCUCUGUUCCACUGCACAAGCACAGGACACCAGCAGAUGGUCAAGUUCCUUCUGGAUAACAACGCUAAUGCUAACAUCAGGGAGCCGGGCUCUGGUUUCACGCCUCUGAUGGAGGCUGCUGCUUCUGGACAUGAAAUCAUUAUUCAAUAUUUGCUGGAUCAUAAAGUCAAAGUGGAUGAACGCAACUCUAAAGGAGAGACUGCCCGAGCUCUAGCCAUGAUGUACGGCUACACAAAGAUUGCUAGCCUCAUUGAUUUACGUUCCCCAAGGAUCAAACCAGGACAUUUUGAAGACCUGAGCUCCUCAGAGGACUCGGACAGCGCUCCCCCGAGGAUAAGAAAUCGGAACCGGGCUAAAGGCAUAAGCAUACACGACGGGCCCCAGGCCAUCGCCAAGUUCCGAGUGGGAGGCUCCAGCAAACUGUGUGAGCCUCCCACAGUGCCUCCAGGCUACAUGACAUUUCGUGAUAUUGGUGAACAGAGUGACAGUCUCUGCUACCGUGAUGUGACCUCACCCAUCAACGAGCUGGACGGCCAGAGUAACAGCAGCAGAGAUGACAGUCCGUUCUUUGACAAUGAUAUGCCGACCAUGAGGAGCAGCAGCAGCAGCAGUGAAGGCCUGCCACAAGUGAUUACCCUCAACUGGGAGGGCUCCGUGGAAAGUAACGAGGACUCUGACCAGUGCAAGAAAAGCAUCUCUCGUAGAGUAAACAAGGGUCAUCACUCAAAAGGCAAAGGUCGCCAUGGAAGCAACGACGCAGCUCACUCCAGUGGCACAAUGAACUGUGGGGUGCUGUCACCUGGUGGUCCUCCUCCAUCUUACACUGGUCCAAAGGAUCUGGCAGAGUUUUUGGAACAAAUCGGCUUCUCUAAGUAUCUCCCCGUACUCGAGGAGCAAGACAUUGACCUGCGGAUAUUUCUCACCCUGACUGAAAACGAUCUAAAGGAGAUAGGGAUCACAUUAUUCGGACCCAAGCGUAAGAUGACGUCUGCUAUUGCCAGGUGGCACAGCAGUGCUCGACCGCCUAGCAACGCUCUGGAGCAGUCAUAUGCUGACCAGCUUGAGGCAGAGAUGCAGGAGAUGGCCAUUCAGCUCCACAAGCACUGCGAGGAGGCGGAGAGCCUGCAGAGCCAGGUAUCACAGGAGAAGGAGCUGCGUACUGUGAUGGAGGGAUGUCUAAUGGAGGAUAAAAUGGCGUGGAGGAGGGUGCAUGCUGAGCUGGUGGAGAACCACCGGCUGGCUCAGGAUAUGAACGCUUCACUGACAGAGUCCAGGGCCUGUCGUGCGAAACUGCUCUCCUUUUUCCCUACUGAUGAGACCAGUGGCUUGAAUAUUGGCGCGGGAGACGAAACUGAAGAUGACAGUGGUGUGAAAACUGGGGACGGUCUGACACGCUCAAGUGUUGCAGAGCUCAUAAAGAAGCUGGAUUCACAGGAAGAAGAACUGGCGGGGAAACUGCAAACCAUGUUGCAAAGUCUGAGGCGGCUGAGUGCCCCUGAAAAAGUCUCAGAUAGCUGGGAGCGGCCUUAACCUUUACUGAAGAGGCUUUACAAGUAUUCGACGGAGGGUGAUCUAACCACCCCGAAAAAUCUCUCUGAAAUGGGAGAAAGGCCAAAGACGAGGUCGGCCCUGCAGAACCGCAGCGGCUCAGCGAGCUGAGCAGCUUGACCUGCUGCCCCUCUGGGAUUGGCUGACGGAGCGGAGCUCGCCAGAUGCGGACAUGGCCGUGGGCAGCUGCUGCAGGGAAAUGACAAACAGGCAGGGAGGGUACCUGACCCUCACCUGCCUGUGCUGGUGUAAAACUGGAGUCCUGCAGUUUGGUGGGGAAAAAGCACGGAGGAGGAGGAGGAGGAGGAGGAGGAGGAGGAGGAGGAGGAGGAGGAGGAGGAGGAGGAGGAGGAGGAGGAGGAGGAAUAAUCCUGGUGUACAGGAUAUGAUACUGUGAAUGUUUAAAAGAUGUGCUCUCUUACGUCAUGAAAUGUGGUUUUAAGUGUGUUCACACCACCAGCAGAGAAGAAGAAGAAGCAUUUCAUUGGAGUUGAGAGACGUUGUGCAUAACUGUGCUUUAUUUGAAUGAAACCCUUGUAUGCUGUUUUUAUGUGUUUUUAAAUAACGUCCUGCUGAAUGCAUUUUCAAAAGAAAAAAAAUGUAAUGUACCUGUUUGUUCCAAAUUUACAGCAGUACAUCGUCUCAUACCGGGGCUGGCUUUUCAAACGUUCAGUGUUAUUGUGCUAAAAGUCUUCAGACAUUUGUAUGUGUGGACGCAGAUCUGAGAAUGAAAUACAACAGUUCCAGUGUUCUUCUUUUACCUGACACUGUUAUAGAUGGUUUAUUGGUGCACUUCAGUGGUUAGUUAACAUCAGUCAAGCUUUCUGAAUGUGAUAUUUUUUUUUAACCCAGAAAUCAUCACAAAUCCUUAAAGUGGCAAAAUGCAUUGAUCUGUAUUUGGUUCUGCAUUAAAGCUCCUUGAAUGUCGAGGGGGAUAACUUGG